UGGUGCCGGCGGAGGCGCGGGCGUCGCGGCCGGGACUUUGGCUUUGACACGGACAGCGAUCGGGAGCCGUGGCUCUUGUGCCGGGGUCUGGACGCAGUUCUUGCGGAUCCGACGCCCGAGUCCCGGGCAAGACCCUUUCUUUGCCUAGAUCAACGCAACUGCGGCAACGCCGUAAGUCCUGGUGCAGCCGCAAGACUAAGUGCAGCCGUGGCGGCCGAAUUUCACCGCCGCUGCCGCCUUGGCGAAGCCCUGCAGCUCCUGCCGGUUUUGGGAGAGCGACUCUUAAGAGUUUCUCCAGCAGAAAGAGCUGGGACGCCCGGCCGGAGGCGGUGUGGGAGGGAUCCCGCGAUCCGCCCCUGACCCGCAAACGCACGGGCACUAGGGCUGGAGGCAGGGGGCCCUUGCUGUCCCGGGCUGGGCUCAGGCUUCGGAGCCGCAGGUGGAAGGCGGACGCCCUGGAGGAGCGGCUGAGAGGUGGCCAAGUGAAAGGUGCUUUUGGAUGGUAUGGGCAUGGAGAUUUAGUGUUUGUGGUAACCAUUUCAUCCCCCGAAUCCUGCACCUUCCCUUCUGUACCUGUGGGGUCUACUGGGCUUCCUCCCUAGCCAGAGAGUUCUGCGGUGGUGAGGCCUUCCUGGGCCCCUGAUCCUGGCUGGCCAUGGGGAGCACCCUUGGCUGCCACCGCUCCAUCCCCCGGGACCCCUCGGACCUGUCCCAUAGUCGCAAGUUCAGCGCGGCCUGCAACUUCAGCAACAUCCUGGUGAAUCAGGAGCGGCUCAACAUCAACACCGCCACGGAGGAGGAGCUGAUGACCCUGCCUGGGGUGACGCGUGCGGUGGCACGCAGCAUCGUGGAGUACCGUGAGUACAUCGGUGGCUUCAAGAAGGUAGAGGACCUGGCACUGGUCAGUGGCGUGGGUGCCACCAAGCUGGAGCAAGUCAAGUUCGAGAUCUGCGUGAGCAGCAAGGGCAGCUCCGCGCAGCACUCUCCCAGCUCUCUGCGGCGGGACCUGCUGGCGGAGCAGCAACCUCACCACCUGGCCGCCGCCGUGCCCCUCACCCCUCGUGUCAACAUCAACACCGCCACUCCAGCUCAGCUUAUGAGCGUGCGAGGCCUCACGGAGAAGAUGGCCGUGAGCAUCGUGGACUACCGCCGCGAGCAUGGGCCCUUCCGCAGCGUCGAGGACCUGGUGAGGAUGGGCGGCAUCAAUGCCGCCUUCCUGGACAGGAUACGGCACCAGGUGUUUGCCGAGAGGUCCAGGCCCCCGUCCACCCACACCAACGGGGGCCUGACCUUCACUGCCAAGCCUCACCCCAGCCCCACCUCGCUGAGCCUGCAGAGUGAGGACCUGGACCUGCCGCCGGGGGGGCCUACACAGAUCAUCUCCACCCGGCCUUCGGUGGAGGCCUUUGGAGGCACAAGGGAUGGGCGGCCUGUGCUGAGGCUGGCCACCUGGAACUUGCAGAGCUGUUCCGUGGAGAAGGCCAACAACCCCGGGGUGCGAGAGGUGGUGUGCAUGACACUCCUGGAAAACAGCAUCAAGCUGCUAGCUGUGCAAGAACUACUUGACAGAGAGGCCCUGGAAAAGUUCUGUACAGAGCUCAACCAGCCAAUCCUGCCCAACAUCCGCAAGUGGAAGGGGCCCCGAGGAUGCUGGAAGGUCAUUGUUUCAGAGACGCCCUCGACUCAGCUCCAGAAGGGGCCUGGGUUUGCGGGAUUCCUGUGGGACACGGCUGCCGGGGUGGAGCUGAGAGACGCCGCCUGGCAGGAGAGCUCGCCUGGCAACGGGCACGGGAAGCCCAUGGGUCCCAGCCCGUACCUUGCGAGGUUCAAGGUGGGAAGUAAUGACUUGAUCCUUGUGAACCUUCACCUGGCAGCCCUGACCCUCCCAGGGAGCGAGAACCCGAGCAGGAAUCACAGCGACAGCCACCACUGGGCCAGCUUCGUGCAGACCUUGCAAGAAACCCUGAAAGGAGAAAAAGACGUGAUCGUUUUAGGGGACUUCGGCCAGGGGCCAGACAGCACUGACUAUGAUAUUCUGAGGAAAGAAAAAUUCUACCCCCUGAUCCCCGCACACACCUUCACCAACAUCAGCACCAAGAAUCCUCAAGGUUCAAAGACUCUGGACAACAUCUGGAUCAGUAAAAGCUUGAAGAAGGUUUUCACAGGUCACUGGGCUGUCGUGAGAGAGGGCCUCACGAACCCUUGGAUUCCAGAUAACUGGUCCUGGGGCGGAGUGGCUUCCGAACACUGCCCCGUGCUGGCGGAGUUUUACACGGAGAAGGACUGGAACAGGAAGGAAGGCGCCCGCAACGGCAGCGGGGUCACCCUGGAGCGAAGUGAAGCCAACAUUAAGCACGAGCGGUGAUGACACUGAACCGGGUUUCCACCCUCGGACCCCGGAGGCCAGGAGCUCCCCCUCCCCGGUGAAGAUGCAGAGAGUCCGGAACUGCCUUUUUAUCUUCAUUCUGAUCGCGUCCGCGCCCGGGCCUGGACCCGCUGCCGUCUUGGCGGAUGUGUUUGGACCUCUGGCAGGGGCGGGAGCACGUUGGGCCCUUGAAGUGCUGGAUGGUCAGAUCAGAAGCCCAGCAGAGAACGGAAAUGUGUGCCAUCUGCGAUUGCCGCCAAUCUCAGCCGACCGGCUGGCCACGCCCGCCGCCUGGACCGCAGCCCGGAGAGGAGCAGCGGCGGCCGAGCGGCAGAGUGGGAGAUGCCCGGCUGCCGGGACCUCCUCUCUGACCACCAGUCUGCGACGUUCCGGCUGCAAAUCACAUAAAGCUUUUAACUUGAGCAGUCUUCUCAAAUAUUUUGAGUGGUGGCUUUUAGUUUUGUUUUGAAAAAAUAAACAGAGAUGAACCAGCCUGGCUGCAGUGAGAGCCCGGGGACAGUUCCCCUGCCGUGUGUGCUUUGUGCUCCCUUCGGAUGCCCCUGGAGGGCUGUGGCCUGAGGGGUCCCGAACACAACGCGUGCCCCCGCACCCCAGCCCCCAGGAGCCUGCUUCCUUUACAUCCCGCCUUGAAACCUUGCAGAGGUGUCUGUCACUGCCGCGUAGACCCCCUGAGACCUCUCUGAAAUCUCAAAUCAUCUCCUGCCUCCCAGAGCGCGCAUCUUCUGACUUUUGGUCAGAUCGUCUGUUAUUCGUGUUAUUACAUUUGUGCCUCCAGAUCCAGUGCAGGUUCCCUUGUGCUGGGGGAGAAUUCCAUCAGAACGAUGUCCUUUCCUCCCUCCCUCCCUCCGUCCCUCCCCACUCCACCCCCUUUCCGUGUCCCCGCCCUCCCAGCCUCUAGCCCAGAGCCUCCCUCUGCUGCUUCUGAGGAAUAGCUGUUGAUUCUGGACCCACAGGGAGCCUGGGAGCACUGGGGGAGGGAGGGUCCUUCUUUGUCGGUGGGUGUUGGGGGCCGGAAGCACGUGUUAACUGCCACCAGGCACUCUUCCCUUCCUUGCGUUGGGUUCUCACUGAGGUCCCUGUGAGACCAAGAUGAUGAUGCCCAUUUCACAGCCGAGGAAACUGAGGCUGAGAGAGCUUCACAUGAAGGUCACUCAACUAGUAAGUAAAUAGACAAGAUCCACACUCAGUCCAAAGUGCAUGCCUAUGUGUCAACCCUGUGCUGCCAGCAGUAGUGUGUCAGAGAGAAUCAACACAGAGAGUGAACAUGUGAGUCGUGACCCGGCUCCUUACAGUUUACCACGGACUCUGAGGGCUUAGCCCUCCUCCAGCGCUGAACACAGCAUGGACCACCAGCAUCACGCUGUGGGAACCCAGGGACGUGAUGGCCUGUUUUCCACCAAAGGCCACCUUUGGGGCCACCUGGCUCCAAGGAGCAUCACUGGUCAUUGGCAUAAGAAGGAAGUCCUUUUUGGGGGCUCCAGGUGUACCUGGGUGUCAGCCACGCCCACUCUGAGGGAGUGUCUCUCCAGUGGGAGGGUGAGUGGCACCUGGAGGCACGGAACCUGUGAGGGCUAAGCCUUGACCCAAAGCAGCUGAGUUAGAGUGAAAAGUCAUGGCAGGUUGGAAAGGGUGCUUCCCCGUUGAGCUGACUCAUCUAAAGAUAAAACCUCCACCUGCAUUCACCAGCCAGCUGCCCCGAGUCCUUGCAGCCAGAUUUCUGCCCCAAAACUGGGGGAAGAAAAGACUCCUCAACUGCGAAGAGGUAAAAGAAAUUCAGUUGAAUGACCUUUGUGACAGUCAUUUGGUUUGAGCCAGAGGCUGGGGAGCUGCACUACAGUGACCACACCUCACAGUCAGGGUGGGCUCGGCCUCUUUGCUUCUGACAUCCAGGGCCGGCUCGGGGAGCCUGGCCACAGGGGCCGCUGGUCUUGCUCUGGGCGCAGCCCUCUUGAGUUUUCUUUUUGGAUCUUUUGUUUGUGUUUUGUUUUGUUUAGUUGUCAUUGUCUUUAAUUAAUAGACUUUAUUUUUAAGAGUAGUUUUAGGUUUAUGGAAAACUUGAGCAGAAAGUAGACCCCCAAACCCUGUACAGUUUCCCUUAUUACUAAUGUCUUGCAUUAAUGUGGUACAUGUGUUAACCAUCGAUGAAUUAAUAUCGGUAUAUUAUUAACUAAAGCUGUAGUUUACACGAGGGCUCACUCUUUGUACUCCAUGUGGGUUCUGACAAAAGCAUAAUGACAUCUGUCCACCUCACAGCGCAUGCAGAGUAGUUUCUCUGAUCUAAAUAUCCCCUGUGCUCCACCUGUUCAUCCCUCCCCCUCCCCCGGCAACCAGUGAUCUUUCGACGUCUCCCUAAUUUUGCCUUUUCCAGAAUGUCAUGUAGUUGGAAGCAUACGUACAUAGCCUUUUCGGACUGGCUUUUUCAUGUAACAACCUGCCUUUAAGUUGCCUCUGUGUCUUUCCAGGACCUGAGAGCUCACUUCUUGUUAUUGCUGAAUAAUGUUCCAUUGUAUGGAAUUUUUCUGCUUGGCCUUCAGAUUGUUUCUAAGCCCCUGCCCUUCUCCAGAGUUUUCUCCCACUUCCUCUCCCCAAAUACAGCAUCUGUCUCCGAUUCUCCCCUCCCCAUUCUUUCCUUUCUUCUCCUGCUAUCAGGAUUGUCCAGGAAGAGGCCCAACUGUGGAUACACUUUGUCAGAGAAGCCAAGGCAUGUCCCCUGAUGCUGAGCUGGGUUUCUGGAAGGAGGUGGGGCAUGGGGAAUUAAGUGCUAGGGAAGCCCUGAGAGCCCCCAGCUGCCCCUUCCCCCUGCCCCAAUGGAACCUUUGUCUCCUGAGCGCUGCCCCGCAGGAGACCCUGUGAUGUGAGAGCCCAGCCAUUGUGCAGGAGCCCAUCAGAGGCCCGCAGCCAUGUAGCUCAGUCCUGCUGCCCCAGCCCUACCCUGUAACAGACUUAGCCCUCCUGAGCCUCAAAUAACGGGGCCCAUGCUGUGACUCCCUCACAUCUGCUCUGGGGAUGUCGGGGGGAGCAAAACAAGUGGGGUCCUUGGUAGAGGGCUGCGUUCUUCCAAAGCCAGAGAGAUGUCACUUUCUUCUUUGUGUUUCUCUGGGCCUGAUGGUUGGAGUUCUCCUCCAGUGCAGAUACCUCGUCCCACUCGAGAGCCCAGACACCCGGGCUGUCAGAGUCUGUGUCAUCACCCACCCUGGCCGACGUCCCCACCACCUGUGGAUGGGAGGUAAGUGCACCUCGCCUGAGGCCACCACGGAGUUUGCUUUCGGAGCAAAGGAAUUAAUGGCUGCAACACCACUCGCUCAUCUUGCACUGGCUCCCAUCCUCACAUGAUCCUUGUCCUCUCUUCAUGGCUCCUUUAAGCACUUCACACAUUUUUUGCAUUUGAGCUAUAGUUUAUUUAUAGUGUUGUGUUAGUUUCAAGUGUAUAGCAAAGUGAUUCAGUUAUGUAUACAUACAUAUAUUCUUGUUUCAGAUUCUUUUCCAGUAUAGGUUAUUACAAGCUAUAGUUCCCUGUAAGCACUUUAUAUUUUUAACUGCUUUAUUCCUCGGAAGAGUCCGAUAAAGUUGGUACUGUUAUCAGUCAUGGAUUCCUUUUACAGAUGAGGAAACUGAGGCAUGGAGAAGAUAAGAGUCGAGGGCCAUCAACCAGGAGUGGCAGAGCUGAUGGGAGCUAGGCCAUCCGGUGCCCACAUCACACGAUCGCCACCACGCUCGGUUUUGGAGUCUGCUCACUGCUUCCACUAAGCCUGAGCUGGACGCAGACUCAGUGCAGAUGCAUAGUAGGGGUGCUAAUCACCCGAGGACCCCAGGAGUGAGGUCAUUGCUCUGUGGCCGCAAGCCCAGGGUUUGGAGCCAGCGGACCUGGCCACUGAGUCCCGGCUCUGCUGUGUCUGAGCAGCUGGCCCUGCACAUUCUUCUUGUCUGGCUGAGUAUCAGUUUUCUUCUCUGUUAAAUAAAGAUAGAAGCCCCCAGGGUUGUAAAUAGUUAAUAUCAUCUAUAAAGUUCUUAGCGCACUGUCUGAGCACAGGGCACAACUCCAGGGAGAGCUCUGGUCACAUGGUGUGAACUCAAUCAGCAGCAGAAUUUUUAAAUUAUUUUAAAUGAUUUAGUGUUGUUUAUAUUUUAUUCCCAGAUUCUGUCCUGCUCAACUGGAAUAUGAGCUUUGUGGUUUCCCAACAGUCUGUCAUCCUGAACUGAACACUGGUGUAACUGGGCCCUUGGAAAUCAGGACCCCCACCCAGGGAAGACUGUCACAUGGACACAUUUCACUGAAAAAGACCCAAAGUCUUGAUCAGGGUCCAAGACUGCCUGCCCCUCGCAGCCGCCCCUGGUGGAGAAACUAGGCAGGACACUCCAUGCAUCAUGUCCCAGGGACGACACCUGGGACUUGUUUUGUUUGAGUUGACAGGUGGUAGCAGACGGACUCCAGGCUCUCAGAAGGAAUGGGCAUAGCAUCUUACGUGGCAUCAUCGCUGGGCUAACGAUGGGGACAUUUAGCCUUUGAAAGUCUCCCUUCCAAGCCAUGCGGAGUGAUGGAGCCUUUCCCCAGCAAAGCGCCAGGCUAGGGAAGCAGCUGCCUGGCCCACUGCCAGCUCCCGCCUCUGAGGCGCUUCCCCGCCCACCCGUGCGCCUUUAGCCCAGAGGCAGGAUUUUCAUCAAACUUAUAGAAUUAAAAGCUCAAAUUUUCUAGAAGCUUUAAGAUGAAUAAUCGGAUGGUCUACCUCUUCCCCUCCCCCCUGAGCAGUAAAUAUGAGAAGACUGAGUAGAGCUUAAAAUCCAAAGGCUACUUAAAUUUACAAAUUGUGGAUAGUUGUUGAAGCUGGGUGGUGGGAACACAGGGGUCCAUUUACUCUUCUUUCUACUUUUGUGUGUUUGAAACUUUUGUGUGUAAUCACAAUGAAAUAAAUGCACAAAUAGUCAAAAGCCCAAGCAAAAAAAUAAAUAAAUAAAAGACAUUAAAACA